GUAAUCCUUGUCACAUUGUUAGAUUGUUGAAUUAGCAAGCAAUUAGAGUAAGGUCGUCAAAAAGAAUGAUUUAUUGAAAUUCGACUGCCUGAAAUAAGUUAGCCCGACUAGAGGAGCCAAUUCGUCUUAUACCUGGGUUUCCUACUUUAUCGGCGGUGAAGGGGUUCAAAUGUUGUACUUGGUUGUAACUGGCCCCCUAAAAUGAAGUGAGUAGGUGCGUGUUUAUGUGCGUAGGCCAUUCCUGCCCGCUAUUCUCCCCCCCCUAGACCCCCUAGACCCCCUAGUAACAUUAGUUGUAAGAAAGAACAUUAAAUGAUUAAAAGGUACCGAUGUACCUUGGUACUUGCUGUCUUGUGCCACCGCUGAUACGACAGAUACGUAUUUUCUACUUGGCUAUGCCCCGCCUCUUUUUUUGUUCGGCCCACAAGUUCUUCCCAUCGACUGUGGGAUCGGUGCAUCAAACCAACUUCGUUCCUCCCUUUUCUCCCACACUCUUUCGCCCCAGAAGUAAUUAACUGUCCGACUUCUCGACCUUAAAUCCAACUUCCACUUGUCAAAUAACCAUCCCCUUCUCUGUCGUCCUCUGUUUACCAGCAGACUUCGAUCACCAACAACACCAUCGUCUUAGUUCUCGAGGUCAGGGAAUCGCGUUGGGCCUUUCACAAGCAACAUUCUGAUUCUCUUCUUUUUUCCUAAUCCAUUCCAAAUCUAACCUAACAUAAUCCAUCAAAAUGGAGGAGGAAGUUGCUGCCCUCGUUAUCGACAAUGGUUCGGGUAUGUGCAAAGCCGGUUUCGCCGGUGAUGAUGCUCCCCGAGCUGUUUUCCCGUCAAUUGUCGGUCGACCCCGUCAUCAUGGUAUCAUGAUUGGUAUGGGUCAGAAGGACUCCUACGUUGGUGAUGAGGCACAGUCGAAGCGUGGUAUCCUAACCCUGCGAUACCCCAUCGAGCACGGUGUCGUUACCAACUGGGACGAUAUGGAGAAGAUCUGGCAUCACACCUUCUACAACGAGUUGCGUGUGGCCCCCGAGGAGCACCCCGUCCUGCUUACUGAGGCUCCCAUCAACCCCAAGUCCAACCGUGAGAAGAUGACCCAGAUUGUCUUCGAAACCUUCAACGCCCCCGCUUUCUACGUCAACAUCCAGGCUGUCCUGUCCCUGUAUGCCUCUGGUCGUACCACCGGUAUCGUGCUCGAUUCCGGUGACGGUGUUACCCACGUUGUCCCCAUCUACGAGGGUUUCUCCCUUCCCCACGCCAUUGCUCGUGUGGAUAUGGCUGGUCGUGAUUUGACCGACUACCUCAUGAAGAUCUUGGCUGAGCGCGGUUACACCUUCUCCACCACUGCCGAACGAGAAAUCGUCCGAGACAUCAAGGAGAAGCUGUGCUACGUCGCCCUUGACUUCGAGCAAGAGAUCCAGACCGCCGCCCAGAGCUCCAGCUUGGAGAAGUCCUACGAGCUUCCUGACGGACAAGUCAUUACUAUCGGUAAUGAGCGAUUCCGUGCCCCCGAGGCUCUGUUCCAGCCUUCCGUCCUAGGUCUCGAAAGCAAUGGUAUCCACGUUACCACCUUCAACUCCAUCAUGAAGUGUGAUGUCGAUGUCCGAAAGGAUCUCUACGGCAACAUCGUCAUGUCUGGUGGUACUACCAUGUACCCUGGUCUAUCUGACCGUAUGCAGAAGGAGAUCACUGCCUUGGCCCCGUCAUCCAUGAAGGUCAAGAUCAUUGCUCCUCCUGAGCGAAAAUACUCCGUCUGGAUCGGUGGUUCCAUCUUGGCUUCUCUGUCUACCUUCCAGCAAAUGUGGAUCUCCAAGCAGGAGUACGAUGAGAGUGGUCCCUCAAUCGUGCACCGCAAGUGCUUCUAAGGUACUUUACCAUAAACGCCCUCGGUUAUGGUUAUGUAAGGUGGCUAACCCACUGAUCAGCUCCCGAACCACUGCGUGCCCAAUAACUUCUCACGAGCCCGCGACGCUUCCAAGCAGCGUAAGACUCGUACAGAGUUCUUAACAUUGCGAAUGUAUUCCAGUCGAGACUCGUAUCUACAAAAGAUUCCGAUGAUGGUCAAGAAAUUGGGGCUGUAUUACUCGGGGAGAGAAGAGAAGACGAAGUGCUUUACUUUUAGGAGGCCAUUCUUGUGCGGGAUGGAGUAGACAAUUCCAGCCGAGGUCGACCAUAUACUACUUUGUUUCUUCCUUAUAUUAAUGCGUCUGGUGUGAACUAUGUGAAUUAUAGGCCUAUAGAAGGCUGCUACGUAUUGAUCCAGUAAAAAGCUAAUUCUUCGAGGACUUUUUAAAU